AGUUAAACGAUUUAUUAGACAUAACAAUGAUAUUGUUGAACCAGUAAAGUUGGGUCGUAAAACAUGGUGGCAGUAAAAUGAGCAGUUAACAGUUUUGGUAUAGAUCGAAGUCAGUAUUUAAGGACUGUUUUGAGCACAGCAGACAUAUACUGAACGUACCGAUAGCAUCAGUAGUAGUUCGGGAGAUAACCCAUUAUUGAAGCUAAUAUUCGUGAAGCCAGUCAGAUUAUAUGUACCAGAGAACAUGACUUCAUCAAGCUUUGUAAUUAAAGAUGGGAAGGGUAAGAUGAGGCUGUCUCUUGUCACCAAAUUCAGCUAUGGCGUCGGCCAUGUGUUCAACGACUUCUGCGCCUCCAUGUGGUUCACUUACAUGCUCAUCUACUUCAACAAGGUGGUGCUGUUCAGCUCGGAACUCUCGGGGAGCGUCGUGCUUGUUGGUCAGAUCGCUGAUGGACUUGCCACACCCUUUGUCGGCCUCAUGUCGGACAGAGGCGAGGGCUGCCGUUAUGGCCGACGGAAAACUUGGCAUUUGUUUGGUUAG